CUUUUUUUAAUGUGUAAGUUUGGGUUCAAAAUAAACCUACCUGUCUUUUAGUUUGUUAUGGAAGGCCACAUGGAUUAUGUUCAUUGUGUGGAUCUGGGAAACAGCAGUCAAGAGUGCUUAUCUGGAAGUGAAGAUGGUACUGUUAGAAUGUGGGAUGCUAGAAAAGGUGGAAAUGCUGUUCAUGUCAUCGAACCUUACAAACAUAAUCUUUCUAGCAGACCUGAACUUGGAAAAUGGAUUGGAUGUUUAGCAUUUGAUUCUUCUGAUGACUGGUUGGUAUGUGGUGGUGCUCCUUCUCUCUGUGUGUGGCAUAUUCGUUCACUUUCUCCUUCAACAAAAAUGCAGAAACCUCAUAUGACUUCUAAUGUUGUUCAUUUUUAUGAUGAUAUGGUGAUAUCUGCUGGUUCUGAACCAUAUAUAAAUCAUUGGAGUUUAGAUGGUAACUUGCAGAUUGAAGUGCCUGUUGCUGCUACAACAGUGUUAACUUUAGGCAUAAAUUCUAGCCCUACGCAACAGGUUCUUAGUGCUGCAGGAAGCAGUUAUAAAAUUGAUGUCUGCACUGAUUUUAGAUAUAAAGACUUCUCUCUGUUUUUCUGUGAUAGUUAAUUGUUUUUGUAAAUAUGCAUGAUAUUCAUAUUUUUUGUAAAUUUAUUAAUAAAAAAAUAUGAGAAA